UGCGCCGGGAUGAUGACGUCGGUUUUCCGCGCCGUGAAGAAGCCGGUGUGUGGAUUUGUCUCGGUGCGGUUCUUCCUCUGCGUGUCCCGCCACUAUGAAGGAAACGCCGCUUUCCAACUGCGAGCGCCGCUUCCUGCUCCGUGCAAUUGAGGAGAAGAAGCGGCUGGAUGGCAGACAAACCUAUGAUUACAGGAACAUCAGGAUCUCAUUCGGAACGGAUUAUGGAUGCUGUAUUGUAGAACUGGGGAAAACAAGAGUCCUCGGACAGGUUUCCUGUGAACUUGUUUCUCCAAAGCUCAAUAGGGCAACAGAAGGUAUUCUCUUUUUUAACCUUGAGCUUUCUCAGAUGGCUGCUCCAGCUUUUGAACCUGGCAGGCAGUCAGAUCUCUUGGUGAAGCUGAAUCGGCUCUUGGAAAGGUGUCUAAGAAAUUCAAAGUGCAUAGACACUGAAUCUCUCUGUGUUGUCGCUGGUGAAAAGGUUUGGCAGAUACGUGUAGACCUACAUUUAUUAAAUCAUGAUGGAAAUAUUAUUGAUGCUGCUAGCAUUGCUGCAAUCGUGGCCUUGUGUCACUUCCGAAGACCCGAUGUCUCUGUCCAAGGAGAAGAAGUAACAUUGUAUACCCCUGAGGAGCGUGAUCCUGUGCCUUUGAGCAUACACCAUAUGCCCAUCUGUGUCAGUUUUGCUUUCUUCCAGCAAGGAACAUACUUAUUGGUGGACCCCAAUGAGCGUGAAGAGCGAGUGAUGGAUGGCCUGCUGGUGAUCGCCAUGAACAAGCAUCGAGAAAUCUGUACGAUUCAGUCUAGUGGUGGGAUAAUGCUGCUCAAAGACCAGGUUUUCAGGUGCAGUAAAAUAGCUGGUGUGAAAGUAGCAGAAAUCACAGAGCUAAUACAGAAAGCUUUGGAAAAUGACCAGAGAGUUAGGAAAGAAGGUGGAAAAUUUGGCUUUGCAGAGUCUAUAGCAAAUCAGAGAAUCACAGCAUUUAAAAUGGAGAAGGCCCCUAUUGAUACCUCCAACAUAGAAGAGAAAGCAGAAGAAAUUAUUGCGGAAGCCGAACCUCCUCCAGAGGUUGUUUCUAAACCUGUGCUGUGGACUCCUGGAACUGCCCAGAUUGGAGAGGGAAUAGAAAACUCCUGGGGUGACCUUGAAGAUUCUGAGAAGGAAGAGGAGGAGGAAGGUGGCAUUGAUGAAACUGUCAUUCUUGAUGAUACAAAGAUGGACACGGGAGAAGUUUCUGAUAUUGGGAGCCAAGCAUUAGGACCUCUGAUGUGGUCAAGUAGUAAACUCCUUUUUUGGAAUUUUCUUAAAGGUGCCCCUAUAGUGCUAUCAGAUAGUGAAGAAGAAGAAAUGAUUAUUUUGGAGCCAGAGAAGAGUCCAAAAAAAAUAAGAGCUCAGACCAGUGCAAACCAGAAGGCACCAAGUAAAAGUCAAGGGAAAAGGAGGAAAAAGAAGAGAACUGCUAAUUAAGCUAAAGUGGUGUGGAUGUGUAUGUAUAUAUAUAUAUAAAAUAUAUAUAUAUAUAACUAAUAAGAGGGUAUUUGCUCAGUGCUAACAGCUCUGGAUAUUUUUUAUUUGAAAAUCUAUUAUGAGCUGAACUUAAUAAACUGUUUUGUCUUUAACAUUAUGCUUCGAAUAAACUUUCUGGAAAACUUUUCUGUUGCAUAAAAGCUUCCCAAUUCAUGUAAAACCUUAUUUGUAAAAGUUGGUAAAUAAAAUGUCUCCAUAAACUACUGUAA